GUUUGGCGGACGGUCCUAAAGGUGUUCAACGAGUGGUCAUGAGAGAUGGACAAGCCCGGGUGCUCGACCCAAGUUGACGAUAUUGAAGAUUUGCCGGAUUAUGAGACCGCCACCGGCUUCAAGGCGUACCCUUCAAGGAGGAAGGUUCGUGUGGUGUCUGUUUCUUGUAUGACUACCAUUGCUGCUUUGGUUCUACAGGGGUUAGUCUUUUUACGAUAACAAGACAUAGAGUAGAUACAGACACUUGGCUUAAAGCCUAAACUACACUAGCUUAUGUUCACCUGCUAGCUACGUUUUGACUCCCGGGAAACUAGGAUUGAGCUUAUAUCUACUUGUAGCACUGGUAUGGUUUCAAGUAGUUCAUCAAUUUACACUUACAGUUUCGCUUGGUAGACACGUUGCUACAAAUUUAUGGAUAAUGGUGGGUUUGUAUACGCCUUGAUGAUGUACUGUUCUGUGGAGCAUUUUCUGUCCACUUAGCCGUCGGCCAGUGUUCAGGAUGACAAGAAAGAGGAGGAAGAGCAGAAGUCGCCGGAGUACGAGUUUGCCUCAAGCACAACGAUGCACGGCCUGGGAAAGAUUGCGGACGCACCAAACAUCCCGGCAAGGCUCGUAUGGACUGUGUUUUUCCUCGUCGCUUUCGGCUACGCCGUUUACCUCAUCACGCAAACGUUCAUCUCCUACUUCAACUGGGACACCAUCACGGACGUCAAGCUGGAGUUUUCUGAAAGCCUGGAGUUUCCAGCCGUCACCUUGUGUAACUUCAACAAGUACGAGAGAAAAAGUGAGGUUAGCCAAAACUUCGACGCCAUCGACUACAUGAGUCCGAUCAUCGGGAACGCCUUCCUACCGGACACUGGAGGGGACAUACCCCAGGCACAGACAGACGUCCCGUACAGUGUGAACCUGAGGAGCAUCACCGACUUCAGUGGGUUCCGUCUGGACGCAGACUCGCUCAUGGACUGUACUUGGAAAGGCGUGAGAUGUUACGCAGAGAACUUCACCCAAGUGUACACGACAUUCGGGGUCUGCUACAUCUUUAACGCUGCGUCAGGGCAGAACCUCGUCCAAACUAUCCCGGGCGCUGGCAACGGGCUGCAUCUCGUCGUGGACGUCAAAAAGGACUUGUACUCAGAGGACCUGGAGGCCGGGGGGAACAGCGAUGUUGGACUGAAGCUUCACGUCCACCCAAAAUACGAACCUCCCGAGCUGCAGACACAGGGGAUAGCGGUGGGUCCGGGGAACCACGCGUACGUCGGCAUCUCACAGGUCACGUACGUGAACGAGAUCCCUCCAUGGGGCAUCUGUGAGACCGUGCAGCUGGACCACUACGAGAGGUACACGUUCUCAGCCUGCAUGCUGGAGUGUAAGGCGCACCAUGUACAGGAUGAGUGUAGCUGCACUGCACUGGAGCUCAUAGGAAGCGUCCAGCUUGAAAGUGAUCCGCAGAUCUGUUCACCUCGGCAAAUUGCUGACUGUGUCAACUCUGUCUACCAGAGAAUCCAGACGGGCGACCUGCCGUGCUACUGCCCUACUCCCUGUGAGAUAGUGGAGUACGACACCACGGUGUCCUACGCAGGCUGGCCCAACCCGAAGGCCAGCGAGAGCCUCAUCAGAGACUAUCCCGACCGCUCACUGGACUAUCUGAAAGAGAACUGGGUGGUAUUUGACGUGUACUACAAACAGCUGAACUUUCAGAAGAUUGAACAGAAGAGGAAGACGUCGGUGGAAGGUUUACUGAGUAUCCUGGGCGGGUGUCUGGGCCUGUGUAUCGGCGCCAGUGUCGUCAGCAUCACGGAGUUCGCCUACUAUCUCCUGCUGAGACCCGCCAAGUUCAUCAUGAAACGUACCAAGAAAAAUACGUCCACCAGCAGGACCAACAUCAUUCAAGUCAGGUAGUCACCUGAAAAAUUCUGACCCUGACCUGUCACAACUGAGCAGUUUGUGAACAUCACUGCACAGUAUAAAGAGGACAAAUAUGUAUGAUAUCAAGUUUGGUAUGCUUUAUACGUUCAAUCUUGUCCUCUUGUAUGCAUAAUUGCAGAGAAAUCUCGUGUGCUUCUAUUCUAAUCCGAUAGCCUUUCGACAAGUGGAUUAAUGAGCAAUGUUGACUGUCUUGUCAACGUACUGGGAGAACUGUUGACGUUGAUAAUUGUGUGAACAAUCUAAAUGGUGAUAGUCUGGGAGACAAAGGAGAAGAUUGUUUGACUUGUUUAAAGAACCAAGGCAACAAACGGGUGACAUCUGGUGUUAUAAUUGUCAUUAAGAAAUGAGGCAUCCAACAAUGUUCUUGCUGCAACCAAGCACUAAUGUAAAGGCUUGAUGUUCAUUUUCUAAUUUGCGUUUGUGUGAAUACUAGACUGAAGUCUUG